GGGAGAAGGGCAGGAAGGCACUGAGCCAAGAGAGAGAGAGCAGGGAAAAGUUGAGAGAGAACCAGAGGGGCAGGCUAGCAGGCAAAGGGAAGAAGAAACUGGGGCUCUGCUAUGCAGGAAGACUGUCCGAUCCAGCAGCCAUAAGUCACCGGGGCUACUGCAUCAGCACUCUUUCUGUCCAUCCUCUCGCUCUCUCUCUCUCUCUUUCUCUCUCUCUCUGACUGGGGCUGCAGCCUGCCUUUUUCUGCAGAGGAAGCCCUGGCUGGUGGAAUCUACUUGAAUGCACCCUGACUGACUGGCUGUGCGCAGUGAUUCUCCCCUGCUCUGCUCUGCCGUGCGUUUGUCCUCACUGACUCAGCUGUGCUCUGUAGUCAGCCUGCUGGUCCAGCCUCUUGGGAACACAGCCACAGGAAGAGUCCUUCUGACAGGAGUGUUGUGGGGCUGGCAGGCAGACGCACCACAACCAGGACUGGCUAACAACACAGUGGGACGUGGUACCUCGGUUGGGAUCAGAUCAGACACCCAGGCACAACACACAACUAGACCAGUGGGACGCUGGGUUACAUCCACCUGAACACCAGAGGAGUUUUUGACGGGAUAACUCCAGCCCAACGGACCCCGGGCUGGAUCCCACAGCAGGGGGUGUUUUGGACGGGUUCAGACUGCCAUGGAAGUCCAGGGGAGUGGGGCUGAGCAGCCCAGGUCCAGGUGUCUGUUCUCCAGCCUGAUCAUCACUCUGCUGCUCAGUGUGUGGUCUGCUCAGGGCCUGGAGAUGUCCACAGGGAAGGUCCCAUUCAUGGAGGCGCUGAACGGCAGUACUGUGCUGCUACCCUGCACCUAUGCCAGCUGUAUCGGCAUCAAAAACCUUUACUUCAACUGGCAGUACAAUGACAAUGGCACUAUGCAGAAGGUUUGUGAGUCAGUGAUUCCGUCAGACGGGAUGGAUCCUCAUCCAGUGAGUAUCUACCGAGAGCGGGUGGAGUUUAUCGGCACCAGUGAUCACAACAACAUCUCCAUCCUGCUAUGGAACAUCACCUUUGAGGACGAGGGCCAGUACACCUGCUUCGGACGCAACCCCAAAGAGAAGGGCAAGAACCACAGCGCUAUCUUUACCCUUGUCGUGGUGGACGAGUUACGAGUGGUGGACAACACUCUCACCAUCAUAAUUGCUUCUGCAGUGGGCGGAGCCAUCGCCCUGCUGAUGACUUUCAUGCUGGUGAAGAACUUCAUCCUUUUCGUUCUCUUCAAAAUCGAGGAGAGGAAAAAGAUCGAGUGCCUUGUACAAUCUUCCUCAGCUGAUGAAACAAACAAUGUCUCAGGAUCCAAAACUUCAAAACCACUGACACCAAAGAAGAAAUAAGAGUACUUGCAUGUAUGUACAUCCAUAUAUAAAUAUACAGUUAUAUCUAUGCAUAUACUGUAUUUUUAUCCAUAAAAAUGUGACUCCAUGGGCAGGUUUCUUGGGCAGGUUUUUUGGACUGAGAAGCACGUCUGAUGGAGAGACUUCAUUGAAAGUGUUUGUUAGUCCAAUAAGCUUAGGCUGUGUCCGGGAAACCUCCCCCAUACGUUCAAGUUGAUAUCUCUUUUUUUUUAUUAAGAACUGAACCUAGGACUGUUUUUCAUAUGAUAUUAAAAAGAAAAUAGAAUCUUAAGUCGGGGAAUAAUGCUAUGUAAUAACGCUGUUUAAACUGUGCUGGAUCCUACUCCUCUCUUCACUAACCAACCCCACUGCCCUGGGUUCAACUGAAACUGUCUACAAAAUCAAAUGUUGUGUUUGUAGAAAAUAUAUGGGAUAUUAUUCACAGUUUAAUUCAAUCUCGAGUGCCAUUCUGCCACUUCAGAUCAGCUUUAGUCCUAUUGCAUAAUACCACUGAUUCGCAUCAAGUUUAGUUUAGUGCUGUUUAGAAUACAAUAUUAACUCUGCUAUUCCUAAAGUAAUUAAUGAACCCUGUUGCAUCAUAUUUAGAAACUAGGGUCUCUAAAGGGUUUUGCUGCGUUGAGGAGUGAGAAAGGAUCCAGUUCAGAACAUAAUACAUUUUCUUUGCUUGAUAUAAUACACUGGUGCCUGUUAGCGCUUCUAUCUUCCUCUGCUGGUAGGAAGACUAAAUACUGCAAAACCAUUUACCAAACGCAAAGGAAUAAUACUACAAGCUGAUGAAUGAAAUGAUAGACAAUCCCUUAACCAACCCCCUAGAAAGAGGAAUAAACCUCUAAUAAUGCUGCUUUCAAGACAAAUAACCUUAAUGCAUUUAUAAGCAUGUGAAACCCCAAGGCAGAUGUAGAGACAAUGCUUGACAAUAGAAAUGUACUCUCUCGUGUUCUUUUCUGGAAUCCCAGAUUUAACCACAUGUAAUGUGUUUAGUUCUGCUUUGAAGCUGGUUCCAAAUCCGCUGAUAUCAUGCCAACCCUCACCACAUCCAGUGGUUGGCAAGGCUAUGCACUGUAAACUACUAGGUAGUGGGUUCACUGGCUUGAACAUGAACGUAUCAGACAGAAACACACCCCACAUUCCUAUUGUAUGUCCACGGACAAAUAGCUGUCUCUUUGUUGUUCUGAACACAUUUACACAGACCAAUGUUUUUACACACUGCAAUAAGUACUCACGUGCUGCAGCGCAGCGGAAUUUAUGAUGGUUCAUUCAUGGCUCAUGAUUCAACACAAAUUCACCAUGUGCGGAAAACAGAUAUCCCUCAUCUACAGUCAUUACGGAUACCUCCACUAACUACACCAUAAAGAGAUGCAUGGGGCAGCAGUUGUUGCAGGUAGAGUGAUAGACGGGGACAGAUCUUUACUGGACAGUGUAGAAUAGACACACAACUAAUAUCCCAUAUUCAGCCCAUUUAUUGUGCCAAACUGGGAUAACCCUGAUAAACCCACAUCUGAUCAGGAAUGGGAUAACCCUGAGAAACCCACAUCUGAUCAGGAAUGGACUGGGAUAACCCUGAGAAACCCACAUCUGAUCAGGAAUGGACUGGGAUAACCCUGAGAAACCCACAUCUGAUCAGGAAUGGACUCCUUUCAUGGGGUUCCUAAGUUACUAUGGAAAUCAAUCACUAUUGAACUGCUAUGGCAUAUAUCCAAUAGUGGCACGUUUAAGACACUGAAUGUCUUGUUUCAAAAUACCUCCAGUGUGUGGGAAAACAUGCGUGUUCAGGGGAGAACUUCAUGUCUAUGUCCAUUGUCUAGGACCUUGCUGCAUCUGUCAUUGUAUAAACAUAACAAAUAUACAGUGGGGCAAAAAAGUAUUUAGUCAGCCACCAAUUGUGCGAGUUCUCCCACUUAAAAAGAUGAGAGGCCUGUAAUUUUCAUCAUAGGUACACUUCAACUAUGACAGACAAAAUGAG